CGGGGGAGGCCGCGGAGUCCCCGCCAGCGUCUCGCUCUCCGGCCCCCAGGCUUCCCUGCUCGUUUGCCGUCGGCGAGGCCGGGCUGCGAACGGAGGGGCCCGCUCCGCGCCUCCCGGGCCCGUCUCCUCCGUUCGUGCUGCGGCCCCGAUGGUGCGGCCGGCCCUGGACUCCUGAAGCUCCGGCGCGGCGCAAUUUAAGAAGAUUUUGUUCAUGUGUAUGGCAUAGAAGAUGAACUCUUCCUCCUCCACCAUGAAUGAAGAACCUGAUGCUCUCUCGGUGGUUAACCAGCUACGCGAUCUAGCAGCAGAUCCAUUAAAUAGAAGAGCCAUUGUUCAGGAUCAGGGAUGCCUGCCGGGCCUUAUUUUAUUUAUGGACCAUCCCAACCCCCCUGUCGUCCACUCGGCUUUGCUCGCGCUUCGGUACUUGGCAGAAUGCCGAGCCAACAGAGAGAAGAUGAAGGGGGAGCUGGGGAUGAUGUUAAGCUUGCAGAGCGUCGUGCAGAAGACCACAACUCCGGGAGAGACAAAACUGCUGGCUUCUGAAAUCUAUGACCUUCUCCAGUCUUCCAGUGUGGCAGGUGGCGAUAGCUGCAGCGACAUGAAUUCACGUAGAAGGAAAGCGCAGUUUUUUCUGGGAACUACAAACAAACGUGCCAAAACAGUGGUUUUGCACAUAGAUGGUCUUGAUGAUACGUCUCGGAGAAAUCUCUGUGAAGAAGCUUUGUUAAAAAUUAAAGGUGUUAUUAGCUUUACUUUUCAAAUGGCUGUUCAGAGAUGCGUGGUGCGGAUCCGUUCAGAUUUGAAAGCGGAGGCUUUGGCAUCAGCAAUAGCAUCAACCAAGGUUAUGAAGGCUCAGCAAGUUGUGAAAAGUGAAAGUGGAGAAGAGAUGCUGGUCCCAUUCCAGGACACGCCUGUGGAAGUAGAACAGAACACAGAACUGCCUGACUACCUGCCUGAGGAUGAGAGCCCCACAAAAGAACAGGACAAAGCAGUGUCCCGGGUCGGCUCGCACCCGGAGGGUGGGGCCAGCUGGCUGAGCACAGCCGCAAACUUCCUGUCCAGAUCUUUUUACUGGUGACUUCAGUGUGCGUCUCAAAGACUGUGUGCACCAACAAGGGGCCAGUUUUCCAUUGUGGUGAACUGUCAAGUGCAAUUUACAAUAAGUUAUCAUGAAAAGUUUUUAGAUUACCUGAUUGCGUUUGCUGCCUUCUACAUUUUAUUGGGCGUUUUGCCCCACUCGGAGGUAAAAAGGACAGAGGCUACAGCUGCAGUUGCUGUGUUUAGGAAGGUGCUUUGGUUUUGUUUUCCUUCAGUUGCCUCACUUUUUGAAAAAACAUGGGUCCACCGUUAAACCAAACAUGUAUACGUGCAGCUUUACAUUUUAUCUUACGUGAAGCACAUGAUUAGGAAAACUUGUUUUCUCCUCAAGCCUCAGGACCUAUCUGAAGAGAAGGUUUUUGUUUUUUGGUUUUUUUUGUUGUUUAGCUCAAGUUGUGCAUGAAUCACUGAAUAUUUUUCGCUGCUUUUCCUCAUGAAACAUACUUGCUUUGGUACUCUUCACUGAAAGUUGAACAUGCUUCCCGUUAUCCCCCGCUUGUGCCUUUUUUAUUUUGCCAACCAUGUUUAUAGAAAGAACAUUACUAUGAAGACAUUUGGUGAAUUAAGGUAUAUUCAUAUGAAAGUAGCAGUCCUCUAAAAAUACAAGUCGACAAAAGCUUUGCGAUCUUAUUUGUGGUAGUUUUAAUAAGACUAACACAAAAUCAGUCAAGAAGGAGGAAACCUGUGUAUUAGCAAAGUGCUGUUGGAGACUGAAUGUGACCAGCUGUGGUUCCAGUUAACUACUGUUUAGUUUGGUUUAUAUCAGCUCUUUACGAGUUCCGUCCGGCAUACUAUUGGGAGCAACUGUGAAUGGUCUCUCGGCCUGACUUUGUGGUCAUAUACCGUCCCUUGCUAGGGGAAAAAAAAAAAAAAAAAGUAAAGAACUGACUUGAAAAAAGAAAACAAAAGUUGGAUGCGGAUAAUGCCGCAGUCCCACUGGGUAGAUAAGAGUCUAACCUUGACACCUGACUUGCUUGGCCGAUGCCUGUUCAGUAGGUGUGUCCUUGUAUUGCCUUUUGUGAAUUUAUUAUGAACAUGCAGUCGUACUGAAUGAAAAACUCAAGUUAUUGCUUAUAAAGACAUAAAGCCAGCAUUGGUCCACUUAAUCUUGUUUCUCAUGUCCAGCCAGAAAAAAAGAACUUCAGUGAAGGUAAGAGAAAUAAAUAUAAAUAUUUAUACAUAUAUAUAUUUUUUAGUAGAUAAGAGCUAAUUACAUACAUAAUGCUUUAUUAAAUUCCUGAAAUAUUUGGCACCUAAAAUUUUCUUUUUGGAAAUAUAGAUAAAUUUUAGGGCUCAUAUGAUUAAGAAACUAAUGUGGAGAAAUUGAAAUUCAUUUUCAUCAACAUGUAGAGCUGCUAUUUUACUACUUGGGGAGAAUGUGAAGUGAAGAUUGGACCCUGGAGGGUUUCCUUGCAUUUUCAUUGCUUCUCUUUUAGAGAAAAUGAAAAGCAUCCAGUUUCACUGGAAAAAAAAAAUUAUUGUAAAAUACUUCAACAGGAAUCUUGAGUUCACGACCUUCUGGAGGGAGGGGUAUCGAGGGUAUUAAGAAUGAUCUUUUCAUGUGUCUGGGCUCGGAUUCAGAUGACGCGCACAACUGCAAAUAGAAGCUUUCAGGGCAUGAAUUGCUUUCAGUGCAUAAUACAGCUUGCUGCCAGAACCAGAUGUGUUGAAAAACGAAAACAAAACCACCUCCUUUCUAUAGCCAUUAAAACAAAGUUUACUGUUCUGUUUUGACAAGUUUGUAUUUUAUUUUGCAUUGCCACACAUCUGCCUAUUUAAAAAACUCCAUCUCUUUGGUAGCAGUGGUUCAGUACAAGUAGGUAUUAACAGCUUGAUGUCUGUGUGUUCUAAGUAUUCUUUUAUUCCAGGUCUUAUAGAGCAGUUAAGGCAACUGUAACGGCAUUUUUUGUUUUUUGAAAUACAGUGUAAAAUAAUAAAAGGUAACACAAUUAAAAUUGAA